GCGCUCGUCCCUGUGUGUGAGGGCGCGCGACCAGUAGUGCGGCGCAGCCAUGUCGGGCCCGGCGCGUGCGCGCCUCCUCGCUGUACACCUUGUGCCCGUUCUCCUCCUUCUCUCCAGGAUUUCGGCUCCUGUAUCUGCUGUUGUAUGCAAUCAGACCGUAUGUGAUUGUGCUGGUCUCAAAGGAGAUCGAGGUGACAUUGGUUCUCCAGGAAUACCCGGACCCCAAGGCGACUAUGGAGAGGAUGGACCUGAUGGACCCAUGGGACCCCCUGGUGAACCAGGGGACUGGGGCGAGAAGGGUAUCUCGGGUGACAAAGGAGAAAGGGGUGUAGAUGGCCCAUACGGACCGAGGGGAUUCACUGGACCUCAGGGACCCACUGGUUUAGAAGGUGUGAGAGGUAUUGCUGGUCUUGAUGGAUGCAGUGGUAUUGAUGGUAUUAUGGGUCCUCCUGGCCCCCAAGGUAUACCUGGUGAUAGAGGGUUACCAGGUCCCUAUGGUGAAAAAGGAACACAAGGGUUAGCAGGAGAGGGUGGUGUUAAUUCAAGAGGAGCGAAGGGAGAUCAAGGUGAUAGUGGACGACCUGGCUUACAAGGACCAAGAGGGCCUAUUGGAUGGCGAGGUGAUAGUGGUAUGCCGGGAGAAGUUGGUGAUCAGGGACCUAUGGGGUACCGAGGAGAACCGGGAUAUAGAGGAGAUCUCGGCGACGACGUUGUGGGGCCUCAAGGUGAAAAGGGAGAUCAAGGGGAAGUUGGCGAAUCAGGGAGGCCAGCGAAAGUUAUCUAUAUUGAUCAUCUUCAAGAAAAUGUUACGAUAUUAGCCAAGGGAAACAGGGGUGACAAAGGAUUUGCGGGUACACAGGGCGUCAAAGGUGUUAAAGGAGACACUGGCUCUAUGGGUCCUCCAGGGCCAAAUGGACUUAACGGAGACCAAGGUUACAAAGGCGAUCAAGGAAUAGACGGCCCUAGAGGUAAACCUGGACAUCGUGGACGCAAAGGGCCUCUUGGACCAAAAGGUGAUAAAGGCUGGCCAGGAUAUGCUGGGCUAGAUGGAGAAGACGGAGAGCCGGGAGCAAGAGGAGAAGACGGAAGACCUGGAAUGCCGGGAGUUCAGGGACCUCAAGGAGAGAAAGGAAUAUACGACGAACGACUUAAUGAACCACUUCUGCCAGGUUCAAACGGUCCACAAGGUCCUGUAGGUUAUCCAGGACCUCCAGGACCUCCAGGUGCAGAUGGAACCAGAGGUUUGCCUGGAAUUCAAGGUCCACCAGGUCUUCCGGGACCGAAAGGAAUAGCUGGACGUCAAGGACCGCCAGGAAGUUCAGAAAAAGGAGAACCAGGAAAUGACGGUUUUAAGGGCUUACCUGGACCUCGAGGUCCUAUGGGCUACCCAGGUCCACAGGGAGUAUUAGGACCAAAAGGUUUUAAAGGCUCAGCUGUAAGAGGCCCCGAGGGUGAAGAAGGUACACCGGGAUUAGAUGGCAGACCUGGUAUAAGAGGAGACAGAGGGGACUUCGGUUUCAUGGGCCUGCCCGGGUAUCCAGGUCGAGGUGUUCACGGUGUUGGUCCACCAGGGGAGGAUGGUCCUCCAGGACGUCCUGGAGUCGUUGGUGAUAGUGGAACACCUGGAAGACCUGGAUUUUUAGGUCCAAAAGGAGAACGUGGUGACGACUGUCCAUACUGUCCAUCAGGUUUACCAGGUAUGAAGGGAAAGAGAGGAGAUGAAGGUUUUAAAGGUCAAAAAGGAUAUCCUGGCCCUGAAGGAGAUCGUGGCCAGCGUGGGUUAAAAGGAGAAAGUGGAUCACCAGGUUUACCUGGAUCAAAAGGUCCGAAGGGCAUUACUGGUCCGCCCGGAAUGACUGGCCGUCCUGGUCUACAAGGAGAGAAGGGACGACUUAUACAGCCUCCUCUUUCCUUAAUAAUAGCUGAACGUGGACCUCGUGGUGAACCAGGUUUUAUUGGGGAUCCUGGUCUUCGUGGAGAUCCAGGUUUUCCUGGGCUUCGAGGAGAAAAUGGCUGGAAAGGUUCCAAAGGUAUGGCUGGUGAGGAUGGUUUCCCUGGUCCUGAUGGAAGGGAUGGAUUAAAAGGUCGAGACGGCGUACCAGGAAUGCCUGGUGAACAUGCCGAUGUUCCUAUACAAUUUCUAUUUGGACAACGAGGAGAUAAAGGAAUUAAGGGACAACUCGGAGAACCCGGAGAUGAUGGUCUAAAGGGUGAUGCCGGAGAAGCCCUUGGUUUCGGAAUAAAUGCUAAAGGAGAAAAAGGGGAACCGGGACCGAUGGGUCCAGAAGGUUUGCAAGGAAUUAAAGGAGAUUCUGGUGAUAUUGGAUACGAAGGACUUCCAGGAGAACGAGGGGAUAUUGGUCUACCUGGUGUUUCUAAACAAGGAGAAAGAGGUGCUAGAGGUUUUCCCGGAGACAAAGGAGAUAUAGGUCCCUACGGAGAACCUGGAGGUCCAGGUCUUAGGGGUCCUGUGGGAUUUGAUGCACUUAAAGGCAAGAAAGGAAGUCGGGGAGAAGUUGGGUACGCAAUUAUUUACGGAGAAAGAGGUUUCGAUGGUAUGGCCGGGGAUUAUGGUGAUGUAGGUGAACCUGGUUAUGCUGGAAACCCCGGAAGAGCAGGUUUGAUGGGACCUAAAGGGGAACCAGGUUUACCUGGUGAUGUGGGUCCACCUGGACCCGUAGGACCACCAGGACGAAAAGGAAUGUCAGGAAACAUUAUACAGGGUGCACCUGGUAUGCCAGGUCAACCCGGACGACUGGGUUCUAUAGGAUUAAUCGGUGAACCAGGACUACAGGGCUACAAUGGCUUGCAAGGGGAUGUUGGUCCUAAAGGGAUGAAAGGAGAAGCUGGUCGAAUGGGAAAUCGUGGCUGGACUGGUGAACGUGGUCUUACGGGCAGAAGAGGGCGACCCGGACUUAUGGGUCAACCUGGCCUGAGUGGCGAAACGGGAGACCGAGGUGAAACUGGUCUUCGUGGUUAUGAUGGUUUACCUGGUAAAGAAGGUCCCCUGGGCAUAAUUGGUCAAAAAGGAAUACGUGGUGAUAUUGGUUUACCGGGAGCAGACGGUUUAGGUGGACCUCCAGGUCCUAAAGGAGAGAGAGGUUACGAUGGAGUUGUUGGUGAUAAAGGAAUGCAGGGAGAAAACGCCUCCAUAGGAAUGAAAGGCAUGUCUGGAGACAUGGGUUUUAAUGGAAUGCCAGGAAGACCAGGGCAAACUGGUUUAAAAGGUUUAAGAGGUGACAUCGGCAACCCAGGAUUAAAUUUAAGAGGCCUUAAUGGUACAAAAGGAUUCCGAGGUGAUGAUGGCAUUCCUGGAAGAGUAGGGGAAAAGGGUUUAAAAGGAUUCCAAGGAGAUUACGGUUUCGAGGGUAUUGCUGGUGAAAUAGGAGACGAAGGUUUUCCAGGUUUAUCUGGUUUACCUGGACGAAUAGGAUUUGAUGGUGCCAAAGGACCUUCAGGGCACAAAGGAUUGCCAGGUUUACAGGGUCCGAAAGGUGAUACAGGAUUUGAGGGUGAACCAGGUAGAAUGGGUUCACCAGGAUAUCCCGGUGACGUAGGCUUGCGAGGCUUGGUUGGUGAAAGGGGUCCAUCUGGCGCCAAAGGAAUGUCAGGAGAUAUUGGACCCAGUAUUUAUUUACCAGCCACCAAAGGGGAUAUGGGAGAUAUCGGAAUGGAGGGACUAAAAGGGGCUAAAGGCGAAAUGGGUGAACCUGGAUUUCCAGGAUUAAAAGGCCACAAAGGAGAACAAGGCGAUGUAGGCUUACAAGGAGAAUUUGGUGAUGAUGGACUUCCAGGUCCUAAGGGUUCUUUAGGAGUAAUGGGACCUCCAGGUUUACCAGGUCUAGAUGGCAUCAACCCUGAGCCAGGAGAACAAGGCAAAUCUGGAAUUGACGGAUUACCAGGUUGGCCAGGUCCCAUGGGUCAAAAGGGUGCUCCGGGAGAGUUUGGUAUUAAUGGUCCUGAAGGAGCACCUGGUCAACCAGGGCUCAUUUUUAGUGGACCAAAAGGGUAUAAGGGAGCAACUGGUCGACCCGGGCUAAGGGGCAUUUCUGGUAAGCCUGGUUCAACAGGAUUACAAGGAAAUCCGGGACUAAAAGGAUUAACUGGUGACAUUGGUGAACCUGGCUAUGCUAUAAGCCCUAAGGGUGAAACAGGAAAUCCUGGUAUAUCAGGGUUUUAUGGCUUGAAAGGGAUAAAAGGAGAAGCUGGAGAUUUGGGACUGGCAGGUUUGAAAGGAUAUCAAGGCCCAAUGGGAAUGAAAGGAGAAAGAGGUGACGAAGGCUAUGAAGGACUUAAUGGAUAUUCAGGUGCUAAGGGAAUGAAAGGUGAUAGAGGAGAUGAAAUACUUCCAUCAGAUGUUGAGCCCGGGCCAAUUGGUGAUAUAGGUCCUCCUGGAUUUGAUGGGCAACCUGGUCGUGCAGGAGCUCCCGGAAAUUUCGGAGAAAAUGGCAUUCCUGGAUUCAAAGGUGAAAGAGGUGAUAUUGGAGAUAUUGGUCCUGAAGGUUUGCUAGGCAAACAAGGUGGACAAGGGUUCAUGGGUAUCAAAGGAGAAAUUGGUUUUGAUGGAAUCCGUGGUUUGCCUGGUCUUCCUGGAUUACCAGCACCUCCUCCACCAAUUCCUAAAUCAAGAGGAUUCUAUUUUACAGUACAUUCACAGACUCAUCUCAUUCCCGAAUGCCCCUCUGGAACUACACCUUUAUGGGAAGGAUUCUCCUUACUUCAUAUAGUUGCAAAUUCUAAGGCCCAUGGACAAGAUUUAGGUGCACCUGGAAGUUGUCUUCGAAGAUUUUCAACAAUGCCUUAUAUGUUCUGUAACAUAAACAAUGUUUGUGAUUUCGCCCAACGCGAAGACUACAGUUUUUGGCUAUCAACACCAGAACCAAUGCCAAGCGGAAUGACCCCAAUUCCAGCAACUGACGUUGGAUCAUACAUAUCCAGGUGUCAAGUGUGCGAGACAUCAACACGAUCCAUUGCUAUUCAUAGCCAAAGCAGCUCCAUACCAACUUGUCCAGAUGGUUGGGAUGAAUUAUGGAUAGGUUAUAGUUUCCUUAUGCAUACCGCUGGAGCUGAUGCGGCAGGUCAAAGUCUCAUAUCACCGGGAUCCUGCCUUCGGGAAUUCAGAACGCGACCAUUCAUAGAAUGUAACGGACUCGGCCGUUGCAACUUUUUCGCAACCGCGGUUUCAUAUUGGUUAUCAACAAUUGAUGACAACAAAAUGUUUGAAACACCUAUUCAAGAAACACUGAAACAAAAUAAAGUUUCUAGAGUCAGCAGGUGCGCCGUAUGUAUGCGACGUCAACCACAGAGGUCGUAUAGCGCAGGCACAGUGGAGGCUGUACCUAACGCAGUAGUACGACGCCCCGUCAACCGACCUCUUAACCGGCUUCGGCCUCGCUACCCUGCGAGGUACCGGGGGAGACGCCGCCAUUGAAACCAUAGUGCCAUAAUUAAUAUCACUGCCAACAUAACUUACUUCUAUGUGUAGUGUCACUUAAUUAAAAUUUAUACAAGUAGUCAAAGUAAUUAGAUAUUUAAUUUUUAAAUUAAGGCUUAAGUGAGCUUUGUUUAAUACUAUAUGUAAUGGAGCGCCCUCUUUUUAAGGAAUUUAACGAUUUUAUUUUAUUAUAUUUACAUACAUAUAUAUGAUUACUAUAGACAUGAUAACAAGACGACAAAACUAUAACAACGAAUUUUAUUAUUAAAUCUAUUUUCUCCAAUAUUGAUUGAUUUGUUAAUGUCACCAAAAAUAGAGAUUGUCUGUGAAAUAUUGUGGAUAAAAUUGUAAUUAAUGUUGAUUUUGUUUCUUUCUUUAAAAAAAAAACUUUUGUUAUCGACACUUAGUAUAGGUCUAGAAACGUGAAAAAGAAAUAUUUUUAAUAUGUUUUAAGUUCCCGAUCCCUCAGCAAUACUGUAAAUAGAUAUAAAUAUAAUAAAACUUAAAUAUAAACUUA